AUGGACCACCUGCCGAUAGAGAACCAUCCUACCCAGAUCAAGAAAUCCAAGUUGCGGAAAUUCAAAAAAGCGAAGAAACGUUUGAUCAAAAUCUGUAAAUACGAAGCCUUCGUUUCUUGCCUGGUUGGCUUAUACACCUGCCAGUGGCAAAACCAGAACCUCAAAACGAUUAAACCGGGACUCUGGUGUUGCAAUAAGGGAGAAUGUAUGUAUUUUUCCCUCUUGGCUUUCACAUUCAGCUUUUCCUUUGUCUUUCUGUAUAUGUGGGGAGAAGCCAGGAAUGACUACAACAGCUUUGACUGGUACAGCUUCAUCAAUUUAGGCUACUGGUUUCACUGGUCGACUUUCCUGCUGUUUCUGGCGGUCUUCGUCUUCUCCUACCUGUUUUUCUUAAUCUUCAUAGCAGUUUUACUACUCUUUGAAAGUAAAGAGUUGGAAAUGCACUGGUUCCAUAAGCGUGUGACACUUUUUACCCUCUUCCUCUCCGUCACUGGCUUAACAGCUAUCACUAUGUUUUGGACACGUCAGUGGCACACAUUCUACUUGUCGUUCCAGGUGACGGCUCCUUUUCUUCACGUGAUUGCCAUAUUCACCAUGGUGCUCUUGGCUUGGCCGGUGGCCCUGCAUUUCUUCCGGGUACGUGAUAAAGUCCUACAGAUGUUGAUUCUAACUCCUUACCUAGUUGUCCUUGUCUACCUUAUCUUCGUUCCCCUGGGCAUGUACUCCCCUUGCAUCCGGGAGAAGGGGACUCUGGGUCCCAAGCCGGCCCUGAUUGGUCACAGAGGAGCCCCCAUGGUAGCUCCUGAGAAUACCAGGAUGUCGUUUGCCAAAACCAUCGAUCACGGCGCUAUCGGCCUGGAGACCGACGUCACCAUUAGCUACGACGGCGUGCCCUUCCUGAUGCACGAUCAUUCCUUGACCAGGACCACUGAUAUUGAGCGCCUCUAUCCCCAACUGAGGGGCGAAGACCCCGCUUACUUCACCUGGGAUAUCUUGGAAAAGCUGAAUGCAGGGGAAUGGUUUCUCAAGAACAAACCCUUCUAUCACAUGCCUCCCUUCUCCGCCGAGGAUGAAGAGCUGGCCAAGAGCCAGACCAUUUUCAAACUGAGUGAAUUUCUGACCCUUGCGGACAAGGCCAACAAACUGGUCCUCUUCGAUCUGUAUCGCCCGCCGAGGUUUCAUCCGUACAGGAACAGCUGGAUCAGCAGGACUUUAGAAGUACUCCAGGAAGAAUCAAAGAUUAAACCCCAUUUGGUCCUUUGGCUGGACAAUCGAAAUCGGGGUUUCGUUCAGUAUAAGGCUCCGCAAUUCCAACAUAUCUCAUCCUCCGCCCAAACCAUUGAAUACCUCCAAAGGUGGAAGAUUGGAAAACUCAAUCUGGACUACCGAAGGUUGGCUACAGUCGAUAUUCGGAAAUAUGCAAAAGCCAAUAUCACCACCAAUCUCUGGGUGGUCAGCGAGCCGUGGCUUUACUCCUUGGCCUGGUGCUACGGAGCUGAAUCGGUAACCACUGAUGCUGUGCACAUUCUGGGCAAUGUUAGCCAACCAUUCUUCUUCUUGACGCCACAGAAAUAUAAAGCCAUCUGGGUCACCACAGACCUGCUGGCCCUGUUCUUCAUACCUCUCGUCUUCCUCGCCCACUGGUAA